AUGCUGCUGCUGACUGAGGUCCUGGUUUCUCUCUUCCUCUGGAGCAUCCCCUGGACCAGAGUGAGAUCCUCCAAUGGCCACAAGAUCAGCAAGGGGGUGGAAUGGCUGACACGCUAUGGCUACCUUCCCCAGCCAGACCCCAUGGCCGCCCGUCUUCAAACACAAGAAGAACUGGCAGACGCGGUCAGGACAAUGCAAAGAUUCGCAGGACUGCCUAUGACUGGAAAGCUGGAUUCAAAGACAUUGGAGAUGAUGAACCAGCCCCGUUGCUCCCUUCCGGACAUUAUUGGGACUUCUGAGUUGAUGCGUCGCCGACGCAGGAGGAGACGUUAUGCUCUCAGUGACACUGUCUGGAAAAAGAAGGACUUAACAUGGCACAUUCGUUCUUUCCCCCUCUCCUCCACUUUGCCACAUGAUCACAUCCGGAACCUUCUCUUCUACGCCUUCCGGGCCUGGAGCAACACCUCCGCCUUGACCUUCCGGGAGGUGCAUUCUGAAGAUGCUGACAUCCUGGUGGACUUCAGCCGCUCCUACCAUGACGAUGCGUACCCCUUUGAUGGGCCCGGAGGCACCCUGGCCCACGCCUUUUUCCCCGGUGAACACCCUAUUUCUGGUGACACUCAUUUUGAUGAUGAAGAGACGUGGAUCUAUGACCCAGAGAACAUGGCACCAGGUAGGGGUACAGACCUCUUUGCUGUAGCGGUGCAUGAGUUUGGCCACGCCCUGGGGCUGGCUCACUCUUCGGCCCAGGAGUCCAUCAUGAUCCCUUAUUACCAGGGCCCCGUUGGACUGCCCCACCAGUAUCGGCUCCCGCUUGACGAUGCCAUGGGGGUGGAGCAAAUCUAUGGUAAGCGCCACCCUGGUUUCCAUCCAGACGACGACAGGCCAGCAUUGCCGGACCCUACAGCGCCCCCGAUCCCUGACUUCCCCCCAUACCAGCCUACACAACACACACACCCGCCGUCACCUGACCGCUGCAAGGCUCACUUUGACGCCAUCGCCAACAUCCGUGGGGAAAUGUUCUUCUUCAAGCAAAAACAUUUCUGGAGGAUGCAGCCGAGCCGCAACCUGGUUUCUCUGGAGCCGGCACAGACGCUGCGGUUCUGGAACGGUCUGCCGCACGAUUUCAAGGCCAUCGACGCAGUGUACGAACGCAUCAACGACAGCCAGAUUGUAUUCUUUAUUGGAUCAUACUAUUGGGUCUUCUAUGAGACUCAGGUCAACCCAGGCUACCCCCGUCCUGUAUCGGAUCUCGGCCUUCCCGCUAACACCGUCGUGGGUGCGGCAUUUGUCUGGCCUCACAACGGCAAGACAUACCUCUUAGAAAAGAACCAGUACUGGCGCUACGAUGAUCAGCUGGGACACGUGGAACCGGGGUACCCUAAGUCCGUCAAUCUCUGGGAAGGGGUGCCCACAGAUCUGGAUGAUGUAACUCGCUGGAAUGACGGCAACACGUAUUUCUUCAAGGGGACCCAAUACUGGGGUUUUUCUGCAGGCAACGUGCAGUCGGACGCCGGCUACCCCCGCUCCGCCUCCCAAGACUGGAUGUAUUGCCAGGGGGCCCCCACGUCCUCUCCCCCGGCACCGAGGCACGGGGUGGGCGGCGACAAGGGGAUGUGCAUCUGCCAAGGCUCUGCAGGGAAGCUGGCGCCCCUCUCGGCUUGGAUCCUGGUGCUGAUCUGGGUCCUGUGCUGA